UCUAUGCUCAAUAAUACAUAGCAUAUUGAACCCAUUACAUCAAACCAUGACACCCCAUCUUACCCUACAUCGCGUGACCACCCUGAAAGACCUAGAACCACUAUACCACAUCGGAGCAGAUGCCUUCCGCGAUGAUCCAGGCAUGAACUGGUUCUACCCUGGCGGUCGCGAACAUCCCGAAGAUUUCAUCGUGGCAUGGAAAUAUCUUCUACUGCAGGAGUUCUACGACAAGGGGAAAUAUAUCCUUGCUGCCUCGAUCCCGGAUCCAGAUCAGGAUGAUACUAGUAUUCGCGUUGAGAGACGGCCGGGGAAAGUUGUAGGGUUUGCUGUUUGGGAACGGAGGGGGGAUUCUGAGGCCGCGAAGAGUUGGCAGGGGGGUGGGGUUCUUAAGGGUCUCAAAAGAAUCCUGCUCAACUGGAAGAUCAUUUAUACAUUCUGUUUCGAUACACCACGCCGAUCAUUAUCCUGGUCCAGACUGAGGCAUUUCGGCCAUGAGCUCGAGGCAGCUAAGGCUAAUCAACCGAGCGAGUCGUGGUAUCUGAGCAAUCUGGCCGUUAGCUCAACGGCUCAAGGGCAAGGGGUGGGAAAGAAACUCCUGCAAUGGGGAAUCGAUCGAUCCGAGGAAGAGGGUAUCCCGGCUACAUUGGUGUCCACUGACGCUGGGCUUGCUCUGUAUACGAGUAGGGGGUUUAGAAAUUCUGGCUGGUUGUUCUUUGAUGAUGGACGACAGAAACAGACCGUUAUGAGGAGGAAUGUGAUGUAUGUGAGAUUGGAAUAGAACUAAGUGGAAUAGUUGUAUUUCUUCGGUUCGGAUUACUUUACGAUCCUUUCAUUGGAUCUUGUAUUUAUUAUUUUGUAUAUAUUUGUUGUUAGACUAUAUCUGAUAGUGACAGUGGGUAGGUACAAACUUUGUCACUAAAUGACAUCGGUGUAAGGAUGUCUCUUUUGGGGAAACUUCAAAACAAGACUGUAAGCCAUAAUUACCCGCAGAUACCUGCAGGCCCUUAGAAUCCCACAUAUGCACACUGAGUCGACUCGUUCUAUGUCCGACCCUCUAAUCAACAAAUAAUA